AUGAAGGUCAAUACUCUUGGAUUGAGAUCUUUCUCAUCAAGCUCAAUAGUUAAAGGAAAACCAGGUUACUCUAUAGUACACCCAGUCCAUCAUACUGUGAAAAUAGACAAGAAGGUUUUAUCACCAAGAUUUCCAGAAUUGAAAUACCCAAAGAAUGAUCCUAGAUCACCACAUUUCAAACCAGUUAACGUGGCUCCAGACCGUUUGAAAGAACAUUACUUGAAUAUCUUGAAAUCAGAUUUAAUGUAUAUGACAUAUAAGCACGAUGAAGCUGAUAAGAUUGAAGGUGCAAAGAAGAGAGAAUGGGACGGUACUUCGGCUUAUCAUUUGAAUAGAAAUUUGAGAAGGCCAUCUGGUUUCGUCAAAGAACAACCAGACUCACACCGUGUGACCAAUAAGAACGUCCCAGAAUUGAAGUCGAUACACAUCAAUUGUUUUGUUCCAUUGGCAGUCACUAACCCUCACCAUGCCAUCAGUUCCAUGUUACAAGUUCAACAAAUAACUGGAGAAAAGCCUCAACCAAUCUACACCAAGAGUGAUGUUGGUCGUUGGCAAAUCAGAAGAUCGAGAAGAGCCGGGGCCAAGAUCGAAUUGAAAGGUAAACCAAUGAAUGAUUUCCUUUUGACCCUUACCGAAUUGGUCUUGCCAAGAAUCCCAGAAUUCCAAGGUUUAAGAAAUAAGAGUGGUGACACUUAUGGUAAUUUACACUUUGGUUUGACCCAUAAGCAAGUCAGACUUUUCCCAGAAAUUUCCUCUAACCCAGACUUGUGGCCAAGAACUUACGGUUUGCACAUUACUUUCAAUACCACUGCCGAAAGGGAUACACAAGCUAGAAUGUUACUCAGUGGUCUUGGAUUACCAUUCUUCGGGGGUGAAAGACACAGUUAG